AUGGGAAACGUGGCAACAAGAAAACGUCCCGGAUGUCAUCAUGAUGUUAGAAAUGAAGAAAAUGAGGAAGAAGAUGGGCCAGCAAGGAAAAAGUUGAGAAUUGGAGAAACUCAUACUGAGAAUGAGUAUCAGAAGCUCGCCUUCAAAUCUCGUCUCCAAAAACUCAAAAAGUGUCGUCCCCAUCUGAAAAGAAGAACGUAUAAAGUUGAAGAAGCUGAUCCACGUCCUCCAUUGCCCAGAUUCAUCGUGGAUGACUAUGACAAUUAUGAGAAACCUGAACCAACUCGGAAGGAGUUUGCGAUUCCCUGGUUUGAACAUCUUUUUCUCCCGGAAUUUCCAACAAGAAGCGUCAUAAACGAGAAAAGUUUUAUUCUGGAACGACAAUUGGGUCGUGGAUCGUUUGGAGUUGUUUAUUGUGCGAGUGCAAUCCAUGAUUCUGAAAGAAAGUUUGCAAUUAAAAUGCAAGAAAAGAGAGAGAUUAUAUCGAAAAGAGCGGUGUUACAAGUGAAGAGAGAAGCUAGCAUUCAACGUCUUCUACCGUCACAUCCAUUUAUUGCAAGAACAUAUUCCACGUGGCAGACACGGACACAUCUUUAUUCUCUACUACAGUAUCCCACUGGUUCCACUGGAGAUUUAUUUUCGGUUUGGAGGCAACGCGGAUCUUUAUCGGAAGCAGCUAUACGACUCAUUGGUGCUGAAUUAGCAUCAGCUAUAGAUUUUCUCCAUCGAAAUGACGUCAUUUAUCGCGAUGUGAAACUAGAAAAUGUUGUUUUGGAUCAGUGGGGACAUGCACUAUUGAUUGAUUUUGGAUUGGCAAAGAAGUUGAAACAAGGAUGUAAUACGGGGACAAUAUGUGGGACCUUACAGUAUAUGUCACCUGACGUGGCAUCUGGACACACGUAUUCACAUUAUGUUGAUUGGUGGUCCUUGGGUGUUCUUCUACAUAUACUUUUGACUGGAAUUUAUCCAUAUCCGAAUUCCGAGGCAACUCAUCACGCUAACUUAAAAUUCAUUGACUACAGUACUCCAAUUGGAUGUUCAAGAGAAUUCGCUAAUUUAAUGGAUAGAAUGUUGGCAGUUUCCAUAACUCAUCGUUUGUGUUCAUUCACUGUUCUCCAUGCUCAUCCAUUUUUCCGUCCAAUCAACUUUUCAAAACUAGAACAAAAAGAUUAUACGCCUGCUUCUGAAAUUGGAAAUGCCGAAUAUGAUACAUAUCAACAAAACGAUGAAACACUAGAUGAUACAAUGUAUAAAGAGAACUAUGAUUUUGAUCGUUUUGACUACUUCAAUGAUCGAUUCUAA